AAUGGUAACCAGGCAUUUCUAAGUAAAAAGAAAUAGGAAUGAAGAAACAGUAAUGCAAUCCCUGGAAGAUUUGCAUCUCAGUAAAAGCAGCUGGCUUUUAGAACACACAUGGCUUAUUUGCCAUGUGGAGGAGAAAUACAAAAGGAGACAUGCUUCCUAGCUGGAUACUGGUGCCUGCUUAUACAUUUCAGUAUUUCUCCCGGUCCAGCAUCAACACGACCACUGCUGAAUCCCCCAUGAGUGAAGAUGCUUCAGGUGGUCUACUUAUUUUUUAUUAUUACCUCAGUUGUUUUAAAUUUUGUAGGGAUGAUUAUGAAUCUGCUUAUUACAGUGGUCAUUUAUAAGACCUGGGUAAAAAGUCAUAGAAUCUCUUCUUCUGAGAAGAUACUAUUCAGUUUGUGCAUCAGCAGGUUUCUUAUGCUGGGAUUGUUUCUACUGAACCUUUUCUACUUCAUUGCUUCAAAGUCUGAAAGAUCAGUCUACCUUUCCACAUUUUUUGUGUUGUUUUGGAGGUUUUUGGACUCCAGCAGUCUCUGGUUUGUGACCUUGCUCAACUGCUUAUAUUGUGUGAAGAUUACUAAUUUCCAAAACUCAGUGUUUCUCCUGCUGAAACGGAUUAUUUCCCAAAAGAUCACCAGACUUCUCCUGACUUGUAUGUUGAUUUCUGCCAUCACCACCCUCCUAUAUUUUGUGCUCAGACAGAUAACACAUUUCCCUAAAUUUGUGACUGGGAGAAAUGGCACAUUAUUUGACUUGAAUGAAGGCAUUUUGACUUUGUUGGUCUCUUUAGUCUUGAGCACAUUAUUCCAGUUUAUCCUUAAUGUGACUUCUGCAUCUCUGUUAAUACAUUCCUUGAGGAGACAUGUACAGAGGAUGGAGAGAAACUCCACUGGCAUUUGGAAUCCCCAAACUGAAGCUCACGUAGGCGCUAUGAAGCUGAUGAUCUUUUUCCUUAUCUUCUAUGUUCCAUAUUCAGCUGCUACUCUGCUCUGUUAUCUUCCUUCAUAUACAAGAAUGGACCCUGGAGUCAGAGCCAUUUGUGUGAUUACUUCCUCUCUUUAUCCUCCAGGACAUUCUGUUCUCAUCAUUCUCACACAUCCUCAACUGAAAACAAAAGCAAAGAAGAUUCUCUGUUUCAAAAAGUAGUGGAAUUUCAU